CAGAGUCAGGUACGUUCUAUCGUGGUUCAUCGUUCCGAACCGUAUCCUGGCCUCCGGCCGAACUCUCCGUUGCGUUUCCUUUCGUCGCUCGAAAUUGGUCGAAGUUCACGAAGAGCGCCCGUCGAGAUAUUGCAACUGAUCUCGUCUUACGUGCUCCCGAGGUGUUGUCUGAUUCGCGUUGCAGUGGAUUGCAGAAGCAUUGUAGAGAAAAUUUUCAAGACUCUCUGGAGAUUGUGCAGUCGCAUGAAGGUUGCCAACUACGAGAGAGACAGAGAGAGCGAUCGAACCAAUCUGGGUGACGCAGCUGCUUGCUUAAUCGUUACUCGCACCGAAGGUGCCAAUAAGCUCUGUCUUCGAGUUACAGCCGUAGCAGGAAUCGGUAAGCGGACGAGUUCCUUGUGUGAAUUCAGCCAGAGUAUACAUCGGCAGUCACUCCUUGUCCUGCAGACAAAUACCAAAGUACCAAAAAGUCAAAGGAUAAAUACCGCAUAUUCGAAGUACGCAACUUACGUUUCUCACCGUUCUCGCCCACGCCUUUCCAUUCCGUAUGACGAUGCUCUUGUAAUCAAUGGCUGCGAAGGUUGUCGUUUUGAAAGGGAAGGUUAUAAAUGCUACUCCAUUUCAAAAGUGCGCUGCCGACUCGAAGAGCAGCCAUAAAAACAAGGAUGAGUCUCUUGUCGACAAGUAUGGAUGCAGUUGAAGGAAUACGGUUUCAAUUAGCAUGGCACAGAAGUCAUGUAUAGUGGUGUCUUGGGAACAAAACUUACGUGUGAAAUUUACAUCGGCUGUGUGUACUAUCAAAGACUUCGUCAUAUGGUUGGAGACAAGUAUCAGGUGAGAUCCAAUGGCGCUGUGAAUCCUGUGACACGACAGCCUGUUAAAGGGCGAAAGUUUGGUGGUGGUAUUCCUUUCGGAGAGAUGGAGAGAGAUUCGUUACUUGCUCAUGGUGCAGCGUACUUGUUGCAUGAUAGGCUACAUACUUACUCAGACUAUCAUACUGCGGACAUCUGUCUUCGAUGUGACAGUCUGUUGUCUACUACACCUGCAAUUCAGCAAAAGAGCAGUGCAGCUUUUGCUAUGGGAUUAGGGUCAAGUAAAGAGAGCAAAGUCAUCUGUAGAGUGUGCAAUUAAAGUCGGGAUAUUGAGCUUGUGACCAUGCCUUACGUUUUCAUAUAUCUUGCCUCAGAGUUGGCAGCCAUGAACAUCAAAUUAACACUUACAAUAGGCAAUGGCUGAUAUAUGAAAGUAAAUCUAUUUUUCAGCUUUACAUCCUCCCCAUUUGUACAUUUGACGAAUUUGAACGAAAUGCACUCUGUCGAGCCGAGCGGAUGCUUUGAGUUU